AUGGCUGCAAUCAAGUCGAGGGCGACCUGCGCCACUGUGCGUUUUCUUCUAGACGCAGCAAAGGCGGGGAAGUCUUCAGUUAAACGAAACUAUGGUGUGGCGGCACUUCGCCAAGCAAUUCGUUACCGCGACAUGGAUCGGAUCGGUAUGCUGUGUGGUAUUGUCAACAUUGAUGAGAUCGAGCCAUUCAACGAAGAGUUUGUGGAGAACGAACCUGCGGUCAGUCCUCUCGGCGAAGCAAUCAUUGCGAAAGAUACCGAAGUCGUUCGGGUACUGUUGAAUCAUGGUGCGAGUCCAACGGCAUACGUAUCCUUUGAUGGCUUGAAAAUGUUGGAGCACAUCAAGAGUCAUAUGCAACGAGUAACUCCCUUACUGGCCGCUAUCGACGUACAAAGUCUUCGCCUUGUGAAGAUAUUGGUGGAGCACGGGGCAGAGCUGCAGUACACACGUCACAUGGGUGUCACCCGCACACCUUUGCAAAGAGCCGCCGAGACUGGUGGCUUCGACAUCGUGGAGUACCUCGUCGGUCAGGGUGCUGCCAUGGAUACGAUCCCCGUAUACUCCGGCGGUACUGCGUUGCAACUCGCUGCUAUGAAUGGAUUCUGCGGCAUCGCGGCAUUCCUGCUGGAGAAUGGGGCCGAUCCAAACUACCCGCCGGCCAAGGGCGAUGGACGGACAGCUUUCGAAGCAGCAGCAGAGUGGGGUCAUAUCGACACGAUGUCGCUUUUGAUGCAGUGGAACGCCAACCUCGAUGCGCAGUUUGGAGAGCCCCCCGAAAGUCAGUACGAGCGGGCUCGGCGGUUUGCUGAGAAGAACGGUUUCAUGGCAUCAAAGCGAUUCGUUGAACACCUCUAUGGGCAAAGGACAAGAGACGAAAGCUGGCCUGCGGGUUUGGCGUUGGAUUCGAUGUGA